AUGUCAAUCUGUAGACAUAUUUCAGGUUGUUUUGCCCUGAUGAUGUCCUUAAAAUAUAUCGAAAGCUUGGUAUUGUAACUAAAUUCUCUUUGAUCCAGAGUGUUCAUUCCUAUAAUGACAUGGCCGCUAAGAAUGGAUUUUUUGAUCGAAUUCCAUCCCUCAGGGGAUCAUAAGGACAACUUUUUACUUUGUAUGGACCGAAGUGAACUGAACAAGAGAAGUAUUUGACAAAUGAUGCAUUAUAUUAGAAAGCCACAUUAGCACGGAAUCGCAUUAGAAAGGUACAUUAAAACAGAAUUCCACUUGGACGAAGUCUCGGGUAUAUGCCUAGUCCUUGUAUAAACUACCGCGUUCUUUACAUAAUACUUAAUAUAGUUCAGCAGCCUUCGGCGUUCUUUGCACUUGCCGUCCCAACUGAUUGAAAAGAUGAUAACCGUUGCAUAACCUCCCUCUAAAAUACCAUGUUGAUAAGGGUUCAUACAGAAGGAAAUUAGAUUUUAGAUGGUAGUUUCUUCUCAAACUAUUCAAUCAUGUCGGAUGUCCAAAUUCGUCAGAUGAGAGAUUUCUUAGACAUAUAUAACAAAAUAUCAGAGAAAUGUUUCAACCAUUGCGUCUACACUAUGGGCUACAGGGAGCUAACUGAAAAAGAAAGCAGGUGUGUGGAUUUAUGUGCGACUAAAUUUCUGUAUGGAGGUCAGUCUAUAAUGAAGACGUAUGUUGAGAUUCAACCGCAGAUUACCGAACGUAGGAUUCAGGAGAUGAAUAAGAUGAUGGAAGAUGCAGCAAUGAAAAGUUAACAAUGUCAGUCAGUAUAGUCUGCUUAGUCGGCCUGCCAGGUGCAGGGAAGACCAAGCUCGCUUACAGUCUAUACUCAUUUCCAGACGCCCGUGUCACUGUCUUUGAGUAUGAUAGGGCUCUGAAUUUCAAAGAUUUCAAAGACGGAAGCUGGAAGGUGAAGCGCAAACGCUUUCUGGAGAGUGUGAGAAAUGAGGUCAGAGCGGUUGACGAGCGUGUUUUGGUCAUAUUGGACGAUAAUUUUUUUUAUAGAAGCAUGCGCCACGAGUGUUUCCUGCUUGCCAGGGACCUGUCAGCAUCGUUUUCUCAAAUCCACUUGAACACUAGUGUAGUGCAGUGCCUUGAAAACAAUUUAAAGCGGUGUUUUCCAGUUCCUACGGAAGUCGUGCUCAACAUGAACUAUAUUUUUGAAAGGCCAGCGCCUGAAACUUACCCUUGGGAGUGUCAUACAUUAGAAACAGGCUUUCCUCCUAAUUUUGAACAGAUUGUGAAUUUUAUCAAAUGCUGCUGGGACGACAAAGUUGAACCGAUGGCAAAAACCAUCAGCCAGCCCCAGCCACAAAAUAAAAUUCACUAUGCUGACUUAGCUCUUAGAAAAAUUGUCAGCAAGGUGCUUAAAAAUUUAAAAAACCCUGUUCAAGGGAAGGAACUGGCUCUUAAAAAAUCAGAGUUAAUCAGGAAAAUCAAAACUGGAGAAAUUUGCCUCCCAGAAGCCAACAAUGAAAACAUAGUAGAAACUUAUUUCUGUUUUUUUGAAAAUUGUUUAAAUACUUAGUUUGUACAUCAAAUGGUGAAUAAUUAUGUUACAUUAGAUAAUAAAAUAUUGUUGGACAAA